UUUUGCACUGAUUUUAUAAUGAAAUUAGCCGGUUUGUUUUUGACACUAGUUGCGUUCGGUAGUUUUGGAACCGAGGCGUAUACAUUUUCAAGAUGUGAAUUAGCUAGAACGUUAAGGUAUCACGGUUUACCAGAAAAUAAAUUGAGAGAUUGGGUAUGUUUAGUAGAGAAAGAGAGCAGCCGCAGAACAGACGCAAUCGGGAUGCAAAAUUCGGACGGAUCGUGGGACCACGGCUUGUUUCAAAUCAAUGAUAGAUACUGGUGCAACCGAGCUGGCUGGCCGGGGAAGGAGUGCAAUGUUUCUUGUGACCAGCUCCGAAGUAACGAUAUAACAGAAGCAGUGAGGUGCGCUAAGAAAAUAUUCGCUCGCCACGGUUUCUCUGCCUGGGUCGCUUGGCGAAGCUACUGCCAGUACAAUCUACCAGAUAUAAGUUAUUGUUAAAUAACGUUUAUACCUAGAAUAUUCUACUACCUAUAUCUAGAUUAUAUUUUUAGACUGCCAUUGUAUUAUUGUGAUUUUUAAUAUUUUAAGGUUUCCGUCUUUAUAAUAGUGAUAAUAAAAGUGGUUGUAACAAAAAUAAUUAAUAUCUCGUAGAUAGGACUACGAGUCCUAUCUACGCAUCAUAUAAUUUUUUAAGUUUCUCAGUUUUAAAUAUGUAUAUCAUAAUUUAUUUAUUAUUCUGUUUUGUACUCGACGCAUGAUUUUAGAACUGUCGUCGUGUUUGGGAACGUAGCAUAAUAUAAAAUUAUAUUUUAAUUUAUUUUAUUUACCACGUUAUCGGUCCUUUUUGCGAAUGCAAAAUUUACCUAUAGAAUAAAGUAUAUAACUAAUUAAUAAACUUUAAAUAUAAAUGAAAAUGAGGUGAUUAUUUAUCUAUAAAAGAUAACGGAGAUUGUCGUGCAUUAAUUUUAAGCAGAAAUUCCCAAAAAACGAGCUU